AUGUCGCAGUUUAUAGACAUUGUUCUGAACGUUGAUAAUGCUGACGCUUUUACUGAUAAUUUAAAUAUGAUGUUAACGACAUCUGCUGCAUGCUAUAAAAUAUUUGUCAUGUGGUUCAAUUAUGAGAGAAUUUCAACUUUAAUUAAUUAUCUUAUUAAAGAACCGUUCAAGCCAUUAGAUCCAGGUGAGAUGGAAAUUCGACAGCGAUUUGACAGAAUAAUACGAAAUAAUACGUUACGUUACACACUCUUGAUCGAAACGACGUGCUCGUUCAUCGCUUUAACAUCAUUGUUAACUGACUUUAGACAUAGAAGGUUAACGUAUAGGGAAUGGGUACCGUAUGAUUAUUCGUCUUUCUUGACAUUUUGUUUUACAUACGCUCAGCAAAUGUCAACUACUUUCCACGUCGCCACCGUGAAUGUCGCUUGCGAUUCCCUUAUAUGCAGUUUCUUAAUGCAUGUUUGUUGCCAAAUCGCGAUCUUAGAAUAUCGCUUGAAGAAGCUUACGAGAAAUCAAAUUACUCUGGGCUAUUGCGUACGCCAUCACGAUUUGAUUUAUGAGUUUGCGCGUUUGGUGAAUACAAGAUUUACACAUAUAAUUGGAUUUCAGUUUACGGCGAGCAUGAUGGUAAUUUGCUCCAAUUUGUAUCAACUGACCAAGUCGCCUUUGGACGCAGACCAUAUUCCAUUAGUUAUGUACACAACCUGCAUGUUGACGCAGAUAUUUAUCUAUUGCUGGUUUGGAAAUAAAGUCAAAACAGAGAGUAUUCAACUCACGGAUAAAAUAUUUCAAAUAAAUUGGCCAAUCUUGAAUAAUAAUGUUAAAAAAAGCCUUUUGAUAAUGAUGAAACGUUCGACAAUACCUAUCGAAAUUUGUACCGCAUAUAUCAUUACUUUGAAUUUGGAAUCCUUCGUAGGGUUGCUUAAAACAUCGUAUUCUGCUUGUAAUUUAUUGAUACAAGCAUAA